GGCCGGCGUUGUUGGGUGUUGACGUCACCUCCCCCCCCCGCAGCGGUUUUAAAAAUCUGGUUGUGUGACGUCAUAUCUCCGCGUUGUUUUUUUGACGCGUCACGGCUCGUUCUUUAUUUGCAUGACGUCAUCUGUUCCGAGCCGUGACUGCGCACGAGUUGCGCUCUGGUCGGCGCGCCGACUCGUUCGGGUCAAUGUGUGAAUCGUUCCGGUCAAUGUGUGAAUCGUUCGGGUCAAUGUGUGAAUCGUUCCGGUCAAUGUGUGAAUCGCUCGCGAGUGGGCAGACGACGACGCCGCCGCCGCCCCAGGGGUCCCGCGUCGCUGUGGCUGCCGAGGCGAACGCUCGGGUACGAGGGACCCCGUCCACGGACGCAGCGGCGGGCGGUGGUGGGAGAGUUGUGCGGGUGAUACACGGCACAUCACGCGGGGGUGCAGCGAGCAUCCCCGAUCCGAGGCCCGCGGGACUGAGGGGCUUCCCCGGGGCCCCCCUCCUUGCUCAUGGAGCUCGGCUGCGCCUCCUCCCGAGGGCUCCACGCCAGAUUCCUGCGGGGCGAGGCGCCGCGCCCGGAGCUGGGCGCCCUCGCCCUGGCCGCGCUGCUGGGAGGCGCCCUGGGUUUUGGGGCCGCGCUGCUCGGGCUCCGCCUGCGGCCCCGCGCCCCCGAGGUCCGGGCAGGAGAGGGGGCCCGGGGUCAGGGCCCGCGUCCCAGAGAUGAGAGGCCGCAAUUAACCCCGUCCGUGACCCGCACCCAGGAUGCUGUGGCUGCCUUUGCGCUGAAGGCACAGGUCGUGUACCCCAUCAACCAGAGGUAUCAGCCACUGAUCAAUGCCAACUGUGGCCCUUUAACCCGCGACAUUGGGCAAGGGGUGGGGAGCGGGCGACUCAAGGCCCGGGCUGAACAUGUGGGAGGGUGCACGGAGCGGUCCAGUGAGCAAGAGGAGAAAGAGCUGGAGGCUUUACCUGGUUCUGUCGCAUGGGGAAGACAUGGUGGUGCUGAGAGGGAGCUCCAGAGUGCCACAAGAAGUAGAGACACGAAGAGAGAGUUGGAGAUUGAGCCAGACACGGAGGAUGUUGGGGUGGCCAGGAGAGGGGCAGCUGUGGGGGCAGCAAGGAGGAGACAGGGCCUGCCUGGGUGUUUGGCUGAGGUUCUUGUCUUGGAAAGUGAGGAGCGGCUGCAUGCUGCAUUUUCUUCCUUGGUGCAGCAGUCAUGCAGCAGUCUGCAGGCCAACCUUCACCGACAGCGGUGUGUGCUGCUGGAGAUGCUGCUGAAGGAGCUGUGUGGUAGCAAUGGAGAACAGAGGAUGAAUAGACCACACAAUGAGGAGUUGGGCACGCCGGAUCAACAAGAAGGCCGGCUGGGAAAUGGGGACCUGGAUGAUGGGUUCCCGGAGGAAUUUGGAGAAUUCCCAAGCAACAGUGACCCCAGCUCAUCCUGGAUCAAUUGUAAAACCCAGCUUACGGUGUGCAGAUACCUGUCCUCUGUGGAUGCGUACCUGCUGCGGCUGCAGGAUGAAGUGAGGUCAGCGGAGAGAGAGGCAGAGUGGUCUCCGGGGACCCCGGGAGGAGGGCUUCUCGACAAGAUGGACUGGGCCCCAGGGGCUCUAAUCCAGGGAUUGCUGUUGGGCGAGCGCGAGCUGGCAAAGGAGGCAGCCAAGCGAGCAGCUAUGCUGGACGAGCGCAUGCUGGCCUGGGAGCGUGCCGUGCGUGCCCGCGUUUCCACGCUGGAGUCGAGGCAGCGUGUACUCGAGGCUGCGAGGAGGAGUGCAAGAUUGAUCUUGCAAGCGCCGGACCUGAAGGAGGAGCACGGAUGCCGCAGGGCCGACGAGGCCGUGCGCGCUUUCCAGUGUGGACUCCUCGGCCUGCAGGACGAGUUUAACCGCCGCUGGGAGGAGGAGAGCACCGCGCUCUUGAUUCGGCUCGCGGAUUGUAGACAGAAGCGCCUGGGAGCUCGGCCAGGUUUGGGGAGAGCACGCGACAGGAUUGUGAAGAGGCCGUCCCAUGCUGUCCGGCCUCCACUCCACAGAAGCUCCAUCCCAGCACUGGUGCAGCAGUGGAAGGAGGAGAUGAGUGAAGAGGUAACGGCGUGUGGCAGCACAGAUAAUGAGGUUGAUGUUGAGGAGGUGUUCGCCAUUUCCCAGCUGUAUGAGUCCCUGCAGGGCACGCUGCUUCGAGCCCUGGACCUGCAGAUGGAGGAGAUGCUGGGCCCGAGUGGCCUUGGCACUGACGGGGCUCGGGCCUUGCUGUGCCGCUUGCGGGAGGAGCUGCGAGAGACGCGCAUUGGCACGGAGCAAUGGCGCCGAGCCCAGGAGGAGCACGAGGAGCUCUUGGCAGCCAGGAAGGAGCGCGAGGAGGGCGCCCAUCUGGUGAUGCUGGGGCAACAGCGGCUGCAGGAACGCGAGACAAGGAUCCUGAGCGGCAUUUUGCGGGAGGUUCCUGGCCUGGCUCCAGGGGCCGUGCACCGCGCACAGUUUCAAAGUGAGCUGUGGGUGUCGCUUUGGAGCGGUGCCAUGUGGGUCCCCCCGCCGCUUCGCCAGGCCCCCAGACUCUGCUCUGGGCUCUGCCCUGCUAUCGUGGGCUCCGAACCGGGGGGCCUGCAAGGACCCCGCAUCGACGCGAUGCAAAGAAAAUGGCGGCAGGACGUGGUUCUGUGCGGACACACGGUGGAGGUGGCUCGGGCCGCUCGCGAGGAUCUGAGGCAGAGAACCCGGACCCUGCUGGAGCAGCUGCUAGCACGAGGGGACAUCACUGCGGGACCCCUCCUUGUUAACUAACAAUACCCAGAUAAUAUACAUCUUCAGUGAUGCAGUGGUGCAGUCUUGUUCAGUGGUGCUCUGGGUUCUGUUUUUUUACUCGUUAUUGUGCAUAUUAAAAUGUGUCCAUUUUGCUUGAAUUCACCUUCGCAAGUGAUCAGAGUUUAUUUUACCAGGUAAGAACUUGAGCCGUCAUGGGCUCACCUGAUCUGGGUGGCCAUACAAGUAAAAUAGAACAUAAACAAGAUGUAUAAAAUUUUGAUUUAAAGCUUUCGUGACUGCAGUAAUUCAUAUUAUUAGCUCUUUCGGUAAAGUCACGUUGAAGGGAAACGUCGUGAGAAUUUUUAUUGUUUUAUAUAUAUUUUAUUACUUUAUUGUUUCCCUUCAACGUGACUUUACCGAAAGAGCUAAGAAUAAGAUGUAUUAAGUUUGAUGCUGUGCAUUGGCUGCCGGGAGACGAACCUUGAUGGGCAUAAGACGCAUGCUGUGUUACCCGAGUCCAAAAGGACAGCGUCGUGGGAGAGCCUGGUUGUGGAAUCAGUGGGAGGUUCUGGUUGUCACAUGGUGUGCAUGUCUCGUGGUGCAGUAGAGCUUGUUGACUGAUGUCGUUUACAAAGAAAGGCCGUUCCGUUUCCAGUGUUCAAUCUGCAGGAGCGACGAGGGCGUCGUCGCUCACGGAGCAGCGCUACACGUGAUCUACGCGUGACGGCACACAUCCCUGGGAACCGUCAAUCACGGCACCUACCAAGGAAGCCAGGACAAGGAACCACAGCUAUAAAAGACUUUAUUGAGGUGCAGCAGUGUGGGGCACGGAGGGCACGAGUGCUUUGGGCAAGGGGCAGGGUCUAGGCCCGAGGGCUCGCCGGCAGCGCAGGGCGCGCAACGCUUUCACGCGGCGCCCCGCGGCAGCACCUGGGCUGGAUGGCCGCCCCUCGGGCGAUAUCGCCAGCUAAGAAGUCAAGAGUGGCGGUGAGCGUCUCAGGCACGUGGGGGGACAGUUGCGAGAUGGAGUAACUUUGUUCAGACUGCAUGCACUGGCAUGUAGCCUCAUGCUCUUAACAAAAAAAUCUUUAUUGUACUUAAACGCAACAUCUCCUGCAGCCCUGCGCUACAUCUUAAGUGGCCAGAGGAAUGAGCAGCUUUUGUAAACGAGGGCUGAUCCGUGCUGCCGGACCCUAUUGGACUGAAAGGGACAGGAUCCCCACAGUGAAUUUACGUACGCAGACUUCGUGAGUCUUAUCAAUCGCCUACCACUGAGACAGCCUCUCCGUAGUGCGCAAAACACUCCAUGUCCCAGAGUACCGCAGCCUGCAGCCAGUGUCGCUGUGCACGUAGUGGGGGAGUAGAUGGGACCUGUCCCCAGCCCCCUUAUCCGCACUGCCCACUUUGUUCCGAGUCUCAGACCCUGCCCCCGAGCACCGUGCCCAGCGUGCCGACGCGUCCCGACCCCGGGACCACUCAUUUCAGGAACUAAACAGCAAAUUCAAUUUACGAGCAGGCGGCAUAACGAACCCUACCAAAGAGAGCGUUGGGGACAUUGGUGGUGGGGGGGGGGGGGGGUAUACUGAUGGAGAGAGAGCACCAGAAUUGCCAUGUAACGCACAUUCACCAAAUUCACAUACACAACAACAUGCACCACGCCACGUACAGGCUACCCUAGCCUUAAUCUGCAACUCGUUACACGAACAUUACCACACUGGCCGCUUACUUGCGCAUGGCAAUACAACAGAUGUGACGGUAAAAAUCAUAACACUAUAGUGAGGACAUCAGUCACCGACGGCUACGGCGCUCUGGCCGCUGGCACCAGCGGCGCUGUCCUUGGUCCAGAGCAGAUCCUGGUAUCACUCGAGGUGGCAAAACAUUAGAUGUACAGAUUAAUCAUAUGGCCAAUAAAAGUACGUACGUUUAUCACAUUUCCAAUAGUUGCCCUAAAUGUAUUGAAUAAACCUUGAAAAUUUCA